UAGAAUGGGCUUCGAGAUGCUUUUUAAAUUGGUGCUGUUUAGCUUGUAUAUAAAAUAUUCAUAUUUAGAACAAAACUUAACUAAGACAAAAACAAAUAUCAGUUUAUUGAAUGUAUCGGUAGCCGAAAACACAACUAUGCCGACUAUAUUAUCAACACAGAGCCUGCUCACUACUACCUGUGAUGUAAAUAAUUCUUGUGUUAUUAAUUCAACAUUGACUGCAAAUGUAACCACCACGGAUUUACCUAAAACAACUGAACAAACCAUUUCCAAUUCUACAACUGGAAUUACGGAAAGCCCCAUGAAGACCUUUAAAUUUAUGACACAUGUGCCUACUCGCUCUAAAAAGAAUAUAUGUAUUUGUGAUUUAAAAAUUCAGUAUUGCGACAUAAACUGCUGUUGUGACAAAGACUGUUCUUCGGAAGAUCGAAUGGUAUUUAGUCAUUGCGAAGAAGACUUUCACGAAUACGAUACACGAUUCUGCCAUUACACAAAACAUAUUUACGUUAAUCACACACCCCAUGAACUCCAAGUCAGCCAAAAUGGAUUAUUUUGUGUUGUGGCUAAUAAUGCACCACCAAGUUAUUUGGUGCAACGAACAAAUCCUUUAGAGUCAUUUCAAGAAGCUGAAUUUGAGAAAGCAGGUAAAUACUCUUGGCCUGAUUAUGUGUCAAAAAACAUUCCAGAAAUAGCAGAAAUAAAUUAUGUUAAUUAUACUUAUGGGAAACCAUUGUGGAUUAUUCGAAACCAUCAUCUGGAACAUUUACAGUUUUCCAAAAGCUUCGUUGUUGCAAAGUGUGUGGUAACAGAAUAUGUAAAAUAUUUAAUUGAUGUUAGGAGUACCUGUACCCACACCGAUGUAUCUAAAGAUAAUUAUCUGCUUCGUGCUAAUACGUAUUUUGAAAAUAUAUCGAUAAUUUCCAGCCCUGGAUCAUUGAACUUAUCACUAUAUAAAAAGAAUAAUUUUUUAGAGAAUUGUCCCAGAAAUGUCUGCCUUACUAUAGUUCCGGAAAUUUGUGGCAAACAUUUCGAACACUGUAUUGAAAUUAAACAAAAUUUUACAAAUAACCUUAAGACAAAUUGUUAUCUAAGCAUUGCAAACAAUGAACUGUCUUGUAUUAAUUUAGUUCGACAUAUCAAAUAUGAGUUUUAUCAUAAUGGCACUGAAGGAAUGAUAAAGGCAAAACUUUUUUUAAACUUGGUGAAUGUUACUUAUUCUCUAAAUAUGAAUAUUGAUUUUUCCCAAACUUUCGAAGUUGGCUUCAGGUGGUGGAAUCACUCUUUGAAUCAUUCUUCAUAUCUUAGUGGCAACCCUGGAUAUCUAGUGGGUAAACCAGUUUUAAUUGCAAGUAUUAUUUCUGUAAAUAUUACUAACAAUAAUACAGUUAUUACAAAUUCAUCGGUAACUAAUAACACAGUCUAUACAUUUGAAAAGAAAUUAUUUCGCAAUCCAGUUGAUUUUACCAGUAAUUUUAUGGUUUUGCCUUCCGUUAAUGAAGAUGGUAUAUGCGUGUUGAACAAACACGAAUACACACCUGUUGAAUUUGGUUUCAAUUAUUAUUUCAAAUGCACAAUUAAAGAAAUGAUACAGCAGAAAAAUAUGUCCGCGAGAGCUCUAUGCAUGGAAGUGCAGACGCUAAUUUUCAAAUACUGGUCGCUAAAUAAUUUAACAAACAGUACUUUGGAUAAUAAAUUAAUUGGUCAGUGGGGUAACGCAAACACCUAUAAUGUUGAAGAAUGGGUGAAAACAAUGUAUGAAGUUGAUCUUAAAGAUAUUCUAAACAAGACAUGGGGAAAAUUUGAAAAUGACAAGAAAACACUUACUUGUGGCAAUAUAACAACUUUACUGGUAAUCGAAAUAUAUCAUGCUCGAGUUGACUUUGAAGAUGUUCUUAAUCAGGAGAAAAUUUUAGCUACAACACUUCGCUUUAAAAGCUACAAAAACAUAACUUUCCCUGUUUUUGUAAACAAAUUGAAUUUUAUAUUUAGUGUUAAGAUGGCUACGCAAAUUGCAUUUUUUGACAUUACUACGAAGAAAAUUAGAAAAAUUGUUGAUCCACCUAGUUUAAAUAUUCGUUUACCUCACGAUUUCUUCUACCCAUUUGUUAAAUUAAAUAAUAAAGCGUCUAUAAAAAUAGCUUGUCAGUAUUUAGUUUUGGUUUAUAUUACAGUUCUGAACAUUGUAAAAUAA